AUAGGUCAACUUGGUGUUUAAACGUUAAAUAGUCAGCAGAGUUCCUCGACUUGUUAUUUAGUCAACACUUGGCAGAUAGAUCUAAUUAGUUUCGUACUUGAUUCAUUGAUUAGCUAGAAGAUGCCUCUAAAAACUAUUCCAGACUACCGAAACUUAAUCGCGGGGGGUACCGCACUUUCUGCUGUGCUCGAUACUGUAAGCAAAUCUGUUGACCUUAAGAGAGACCUGAACGCUGUUACUUUUUUUGACAUCAAUCAAUACGCCUCUAAAUCUCUGGAUGAUUUUUCAAAAGGUAAAUUGCAUGGUAUUCCGUUUCUAGCGAAAGACAAUAUAAAUACAACACAAUUUCCGACGACCGGUGGAACGCCUGCGCUUUUUGGAAAUGUUCCGAAAGUAAACGCGCCGGUAAUGGAUAAACUUCUCGCGGAAGGUGCGGUCCUGGUUGGCAAAGUUGGCAUGCACGAACUAGCGUUCGGAAUUACUUCGAACAACUACGCUACAGGAGCAGUUAGGAACCCGCACGACUUGACUCGGAUUCCUGGAGGAUCAUCGGGAGGUACGGGAGCUGCUGUUGCCGCAGGAAUCGUCCCAUUUGGUCUUGGUUCAGAUACCGGAGGUUCAGUCAGGGUUCCAGCUGCGCUCUGCGGCGUUGUCGGGUUUCGGCCGUCAACUGGUCGGUACUCUUCCGAUGGUGUAAUACCCAUUUCACUAUCGCGAGAUAUAGUGGGACCCCUGGCCCGAUCGGUGGAAGAUGUCGCAUUGCUCGAUAGUAUCUUGUCGCAAAAACCGACAUCAAAAGUAGAGCCAAAAGAUCUGAAAAGCAUCAAAUUUGGAAUCGAGAGGUCUGUUUUGUUGAGUGAUUUGGAACCGGAAGUCGAAGUUUGCAUGAAUAAAGUGAUGGGAAGUUUGAAAGCAGCAGGGGUUGAAAUUGUGGAAAUCAAUUUGGAUGAGUAUUGGGCAUUCGAACUGGCCUUCGCGUUUCCGGUUUUAAACUACGAAAUCAUGAGAAAUCUACCUGCUUAUCUGCAAAAGUACGCGCCUAGUGUUGAUUUUGAGAAGCUUGUCAAACAGAUCAAAUCGCCAGACGUGAAGGCAGUUUUUGACGCGCAGAUGAGCGAAAAGAGAACUACAGAAGCUGAGUAUAGAAAGGCUCUUUAUGAAGAUUUGCCCAAAAUGCAGGAAAUAUACGCUAAGGUCACUGAAAACUUAGACGGCGUCAUUUUCCCCACCUGUCCGACCAGAGCUCCCAAAAUAGGACAAGAUGACGUAAUCAGUCACAACGGAAAAGAAGUCUCAACUCUGUGGACCAUUAUCCGCAAUGUCAACAUGGCUUCCAACAUAGGAGUGCCUGGAAUAUCUCUACCCGCCACUGUCCAGGGUCUUCCGAUUGGGAUUGAAAUUGACGGGAAGAGGAACAAAGAUGAACAAUUGCUUUCAGUCGCACUUGCUGUUGAGAAACUGAUAUAACAGCCGGAAAAAGCUUCCCUAGUCGAAAGAGAAUGAUUUUCUUGUAAGAUACUGUUCAUCUUCAAAGAUUCGUUAAAAAAUAUGGUUACCUUGCAUGAUUUUUUUAAAAAAUUUUGAUUGUGUUCAUCUUGAAAGAUUCGUUAAAAAGAUGAAUAUCUUCCAGCAAUCAAUUUAAAGCUUUUCUAAAAAUUAAGUCAGACACCGGAAAUGACUAUCUUUAAAAAUAUAUAUCUUGCGAAUGAACCAUCAUGGAUCGACUAGGGCUAUAAUUAAGACUCAGCUCCAUUUAAUUAAAUUCAGUUCCAGGACUUUUUGUACCGUUAACCAUCAGAAUGUUGAUUUUUAAUCACAGUUUAAGUGUGUAAUCCAUUUAAAAAUACAAUAUGACGCUAAAAUGGUUAUUUUUGACUAGAAAUCUUUUGAUUGCUUUUAUACAGUAUUAUGUUAUUCGCUCCUAGUUCGAAGUGGACACAUGUCAGUCCAUUUCACACAUCGAUCAUAUCCAACUGAACUGCACGUGACAAUUUGUCCAAAAGUUUUCUCUAAAUAUGUGCAAAAAUUGAAAAAAAAACUAUUUUCUUUCC